CUUUUGGGUGAAGAUCUGAAGGAGAUUUGGGCCAUUGUUCCCAAGAUCGCAGCCGGGUGGGAACGGAGCCGGCACAACAACUGCGAUAUCGUGAUUCAACUGCGAGACCUCUUCCUCCAGGUUGUAUUGAGCGUGGUGGAGGUGGGGAUCCUGGCGCUUGCCGUACCCCUGUGGAUGAUGUUGCCUGGCGUAGUCUUCCUCGCAUGGUUGUGCUCCUCCAUGUCUUGCGUCCUUGGGCUCAGCUGGUUCCUCAAUGGCGAUGAUAUGGUGGUGAACUACGAUGGGUCCGGAAGCUGGACGAUGGAGCCCGAGGUGGAAGAAGAGCGCUGGAUCUUCAUCGGUGGCAUGGGUACCAGCAUCGACCGCCUUACCCGAGACACCCUACCUUUGCUAAGCCGGCUCUUCGGGCACCCAAUAACAGGAGUCCACUCGCCGACCUACGGCCUCCCGUUCGACCUCCUCUUGCUCGCACUUCAUCGGACCUUCCCGUCCUUCCCGUCGCAGUCGAAGCGUGCCCUGUACAGUGAGCUCCGCAGUUCGCUCCUCGACCGCUCCAUCAGCCGCGUCGUCGUCCUCGCGCAAGGCACGGGCACCGUGCCGGUAUCUUCCGCCCUUUCCCGGCUUUGCGCUGACAUCCAGGCCGAGAAACUGGCCAAGCUCGAAAUCUACACCUUUGGCGCCGCGUCGCGCGAAUUCGUCGUGCCUCUCGGCGAAAGGAAGAAGGGAGCCCCGACCAGUGCGUCGCGCCAUGAGGAGGCCGCGGUUGAAGACAGGAGUGGUGGGCCUCACAUCGAGCAUUUCGCGUUCGUCACGGAUCCUUUCGCCCAGAUAGGCGUCUUGCGCGCUAUAUACCGUGAUUUGGACGUCCGGUUCUGCGGCGACCUCUUCGUGAUGCGGAAUCACCCGCAGCCUUCUUCGCAGGGCCACCUCUACCGACCGACGGGGCAGUUAUCCGACUACCUGUGUGCGCUGUUUCCCGCUUCCUUGCUCGGAUGCUGCGACCCCGGGCGGGCUAGCAUUCUCGACUACGUUAUGAGUAUUGACCGCGACACGGCGGAGAAACGGGAGCUGGCGGCUAUGGAGUCCUAUGCUGAGACGAAGCGGAGUAGUCUCCGCCUUCGAAAGAAUAGGCGCAGCUGGACGGGACUCGGGGCUACGGUGGGGAGUUGCAAGAAUGGUGUCAUGGAUGGUGUUGUUGGGUUGCAGAUGGCGAGGAAGGGGUGUCGGGAUUGUGAUGGCCUUCGUGGGCGUGACGUGAGUCGCCUGGCUGCACAUGUUCGUGGCGGG